UCAGCCCCACCAAUGGGGCGGCCGACAGGACCGUCAACGAGCGUCACCAAUCGGAACCAGUGCCGUAGCCAGUGGAUCCGGUUGUCGCAGGAUGCUAAAGGAACCGUUGUCAAAGGGUGACCCACAGGAUAGCGACGGUGAAGAUGAUAGUGCGUCGGUGCAGAGUGACGACCGGGAAUCGUCCUCGGGCACGGUCAGUGAUUGCUCGGUCGAUGAGAUCCCGGUGUGGAUUAAGGGUGAACAGCGGUGGAUCUCGGGCGUGACGGAGGACACGACGUGUGAAGACUUGAUCGAGGUGCUACUACAACAGGAUCUACCCCAGCAACAACCCGGAGCUGGGACGGCGUCGACGGAUUACUGCAUCACCGAACGGUGGCGACAGGUCGAGCAGGUGUUGGACCGGGGGACGAAGAUCUGGCAGAUCUGGACCGCAUGGGGCAAAGCGCAACCGGAGGUGAAAUUUAUUCUCCGCCGAGUUGAUGGCUCACAUGGCCCAGGUGCCGCGAAAGGAGCAGGGGCCACCGGCGCCCCAACGACGACGACGACGACGACGGGGACGGGUGCCGUCGAGCGAGACCGGGACAGUGGUCGGGGAAGCCCGACGGGAAGCAUCAACAGUGCGAUCGUGCGUCGCAAACGGCACCGGGCCCAGAAGUCGACCUUCGCCUGGAUGACGCACGGCCAGACGAUCCACCCGAAGUCGUCGAAAACGUCGAUCGAGCGCCUGAUGAAGUUGAUCCUUGAGCAGGGUGACAUCAUCCAGCAGCAGCUGUCAAAGUUACGCGACCGAGAGAUGCAGAUCAGCUCGAUCGAGGAGGAGCGCCACCGGUUGCGGGAACGGGAGCACGGCAAGAACUAUCUGCUCGAGACGUACCUGAAGGGGCUCUCGGAGGCGACCGAAACGGACCCGAAUGCGCUCGACAGUGGCAUCACGUCGGAGGCCACCACGACGGCCUCACCCGAGAUGGACUUUGCCCCGGAACACGACUCCGAUCUGGCAUCGGCCGACGACUCGGCCUGUGUGAAGGAACAGAUCAAACUGCUGGAGAAGAUCGUCUCGCUAAACAAACAGAUCCAGCGCGAGGAAGAGUCUGCCGUGAAGCUGUUCGAGCGUGUCCGACGCUACCAGCUAGAGGAUCCUCCUCCCGAUCAGACCAAGCACCAGCUGGAGGAGGCACUGGCGAAGCUAAACACCACCAUCGAGCAGGAUACGGCUGAGCUGCGUCUGAUCGACGAAAGUCUACACCAGUCCGAUGAGUUGCUGCGCGAGAAGACCGAACUGCUGCGAAGUCUGGCCGAGGAGUUGCUCGGCCAGGAAGAAGACGAUGGCCCCAAAGUGAUCAUGGAUUUCUCGCAACCCAACCCGGUGCUGCGAGUCGACCGGGGUCCAAUCGAUCACCAUCCACCACUGCCGCACACCACGGGGACGAUCAGACCGGGGAUGAAACAUAGCUACCCGCUCUAUCCGAUCGCUGAGAAUCCACCGCCGGCCCGGGGAUUGCCACCACCGAUUGCCGUUGGUCCGGGUGAACCGGCGAAGAUCGUUAUCGCUAGCAGUACGUUGCCAAGGAAUUUCCAGCGCCCGGUGAUGACGGUUCCGGUGCCAGCUCCGAUGAGCCCCGUUCCGGACACGACCACUAUCUCCGUGCAUCAGAUCAAUAAGUUUAUCCAGUGUAGCAACAACCUGGGCACCAACUGCAAUAGCAACAAGGACGACAAGAUGUGCCCGAAGCAACUGUUCCAUUCGGCCGUCUCGUCCGCCGCCGAGUGUCAAUCGUCUCCGCCGGUGACACAGCCCCAGCAGGGACUCCGGGAGGACCUCACCAUCAUGGGAACGCUUGUGUAGGAAGGAAACAACAAAGCAGAGCUAAAGAGAAGAGUAUACAAUACGUGUUAAGGAUGAAGCAAACCUUUCGCAACCAAAUCGUACGAAACCGAAGAAUUAGAACACAGCAAGGUAGUGUUCUGUAAAUUGCGCGAAGAACGGAGCAUAACGUUUAGUCGGUAGGCUUAUUAAGAGACAGACACGGGACAAAGAGGGAAGCGAGACGAAACAAAAUAUUUAACUAACACGUUAACUAAAGCUACACACUAUACAAUUGUUUUCUAUAUUAGUUCGUAUAGGCGUAUGACCCCUUUGUUUGUUCUGAAAGCAUCAUUCGAGAGAGCCUUAUAUUUUGCCGUCGCUUAGAGUAACACACCGUUUGUUAGCUAGUCAACUGGUAAGAUUUCAAAGCAUUUCCGAGUAAACGAUGGCUUUUUUGUUGUGGUCAGGCGGCCUGGAUGUCCCUGGAGGCAUAUACCGGCGACAGCUCGAAGAGGGCCACUAUAUUUAAUCCCAAAUCGUAGAAGCUCGCACUCUUUCCCGAUAGCACCGAUAUUUUGGUUGGGGUUCGAGCAAAUAAGAAGUUGUUAAACGUUUAUCUGUAAGCCAAACAAAGGGCAAAG